AUGAUCUCUCAGCUGCUUUCCCUUCUCUGUUUCAGACUGUUCGUGGGCCAGGGAGACACAGGAGGAGAUGGGUCACUGCCCAAGCCCUCCCUUGGUGCCUGGCCCAGCUCAGUGGUCCCUGCCAACAGCAACGUGAUGAUGCGACGCUGGACUCCUGCCAGGCUUGUAAGCUUUGCUCUCAGGAAGGCAGGAACUGUUCUGGAGUCCCUGAUGUCCCUUGAUUCUACAGAGGGCCCGCCCGAAUUUCACCUCCAUAACUUAAAAGUUGGAAAUGCUGGUGAGUACACCUGUGAGUACUACAGAAAAGCAUCCCCCCACGUACAUUCACAGCACAGUGAUGUCCUUCUACUGUUGGUGACAGGACAUUUAUCUAAACCUUUACUGCACACCUACCAAAGAGGUAUGGUGACCGCAGGUGGAAGGGUGACUCUGCAGUGCCGAAAGCCAGACCAACUGUUGGCGCCUAUGAUGUUCGCUCUGCUGAAGGCAGGGUCAUCUUUGCCCAUCCAGCUGUGGAGUCCAGCGGGGGAGAUGAACUUCACCCUCGAGGGCGUGACAGCCGGCAACGUGGGGAACUGCAGCUGCGUGUACUACCAGGCAAAGCCUCCUUUCUGGGCCUCGGAACCCAGUGAUCAGCCUGAGAUAUUGGUGACAGAGUUCUGCCUCACUGGCUGCUAG